AUGGCGUCCAAGAAGAGGAUCUAUAAUUGGUACAUAUCCAUGGUAGCGGCCAUGUGCAUGGUUCUCUAUGGCUAUGAUGCAUCGGUCUACAACUCUGUCCAAGGCUCGGAUAACUGGCUGGCGUAUUUUGAUCUCGACACCGAUCGGGACACUUACAUGAUUGGCUUUAUCAACACGACAUACACGAUUGGAGCAAUUAUUGCGGGCUUUUUCCUCGGUGGCCCUAUUGCAGAUUUUGUAGGGCGAAGAUGGGGCAUGUGGAUUGGCUGUUUUACUACUGUCAUUGCGACCUUUAUGCAAACAUUCGCUCCCCGACACACCUUAGGCUGCUUCAUCGCCGGCCGCGUUCUCGUCGGCCUUGGGCAAGGUAUCGCUUUGACGGCUGGACCGGUCUACAUCGGCGAAAUGGCUCCUCCCCAAAUUCGUGGCCUCAUCAUGGCUUUCUGGCAACUCUUCUAUUCUGUUGGCUCCUUUAUUGCCUACUGGAUCAACUACGCCUGCUCUCUUCACCGCAGCUCGUUGGGCGAGUGGGACUGGAAGAUGGUUGUUAUUUUCCAGAUGAUGGUGCCGAUCAUCAUCAUGAUCCUGUUGCCGUUCCAGCCUGAAUCGCCCCGCUGGCACAUUCAGCGACAUGGCAAUAUCGAGGCUGCCAAGGCCGCUCUUCGCAAGAUUCGAGAUACCGAACAGGAGGUUGAUGAUGAGGUCUUGGCAAUUCGGGAAGCCCUCGAGUACGAGAAAGAAGCCAUCAGCAACAACUACACUGCCCUGUUCAAAGACGCUUCGAUCCGCAAGCGACUUUACCUUGCAUUCAUCAUCAACGUGGGACAGCAGCUUAGUGGCCAAGGCACACUCAACACAUAUUCCACAGCGAUUUACAAGAAAGUGUGGACGUCGACUCAAACCAUCAACCUUAUCAAUGCAUUAAAUGCAACCUUUGGUAUCUUGUUCACACUGAACGCGACAUGGACAGCUGACCGCUUUGGUCGCCGGUGGCUGUUUAUUAUCGGCGGCAUUGGCAUGGGCCUCUGCAUGUACAUUAACGGCACCAAGACGAAGCCAGUUGGCAUCUCCAUCGUGUUUCUGCUGUUCCUGUUCAUUUUCUUCUAUAAGCCGUCUUGGGGUGCAACCACUUGGAUUUGGACUUCGGAAAUUUUCAGCAUGAAUGUUCGUGCUCAGGCAAUUGGCAUGUGCAGUCAAAUGCAAAACGUCGCCAAUACCGUCUUUCAGCAAUUCUUCCCUACAUUCCUGAAGAACGAGGGCCUGAAAUGUCUUUACUUCUUCAUGGCAACCAACUUCUUGCUGGUUGUGUUUGUCUGGUUCUUCAUCCCCGAGACGAAGCAGGUUCCGCUGGAGGAGAUUGACGUUCUCUUCGGCGGUGCUAACCAUGUGGAUAAGGGGGCUCAGAUACUUGGCGCUCCAGAGACACAGGGCAAAGAGCUCCAUGUAGUUCGGCAGCUCGAGGAGAACAAUGUUGCAACGGCCUAG